AGUCUUUGAUCACUUACAUUCCUUUGUAUUUAUAUACAUUACGCAAGUAGUUUCGUCUUGCCGUAUAGUAAAACAUACUGACUUCCACUGCCCAGUCAGUGUAAUCAAUUGAAAUUCAUUUUGCUGUUACAUUUUUGUCGAUACAUUUAUACUAUAUCCGAGUACUAUUCUUAACACCGAAUUUGUCGUAUCAAUCAUGAACCACAGUGAAGCCACGGAUCAAAAGAUCCGUGAAUCUCCAGUGGCCUCACCAUCGAUGCCUCCGGUGGCGACCCAACUUAGCAGUGAUAUCCAGGCGAGGAUAUUGGCAUUUCAACAAAAGAGAACCCAAUCGAAACCUCAAAUGGCACCCGAAGAACAAAGACCACUGGGAGAAAAUUCAUCCACCUCCAAGCCAUUACCACCACUUCCACCUUCAUAUCUUUUGCCUUCUUCGAUGGAUGAAAUAUCCCGUAAACCCAGUUUGAGUAGAAAUAGUAAAUCUUUGAAUUACACCAAUCAAGCAGACCCUAACGCUGUUCCGAAUUUAAGAGAUGAUAGUGAUAGAGAGCAACUGAAUCUGCUGAUUGAUGAGAAAUUUCAAAACUUACACUUGAAUUCCUGUCAAUCGGACAAGGAAUUGCAUCAACAAUUGGAACCACAAUUGCAACAUACACCUCCUCAACAAUAUACAUCACAAUAUUCUCCUCCUAAGCAACAGCAUCAGCAACUGCAGCAACAACUGCAUCAACAACUGCAACUGCAUCUGCAACAACAACUGCAACAACAACUGCAACAACAACUGCAACAACUGGAACUGCAACAACAUCAUCAACAUACAUUAAACAAAUUAAAUCAAAAUAGUCAACCACCUCUUAGAUUGAACUUAAACUUGAAUCAAUCAGGCUUUGAAAAUACAAGACAACUGCCAUCUCAAGUUAAAUCAAGAUUACCCGAGUCAGGACUUACUAAGAAGCCGUCACUUUCGCAACGUAGAGGAUUGAAGUUAGAUAUUUCUGGUAUGCAAGAUCAAGUUUCCCCAGCUUCUCCACCAGUCCCCACUGAACAGCCAGCUUUGAAAACAACUGGAGAAAUUUCUCGUAGACUUUCAGAACGUAGGAAACCUAAUUUUAAAUUGGGACUUUCUGAUGGUCAACUGGAUAAAUCUAGUCAAUCAACCUCAAAUCUGUCUAACCUGAAUAAUGGGACCCCUCCAAAGAAACAAUUGCAAGGUCUCUUUGCCAACUAUUCAAAAUAUGUAGACAUCAAAUCUGGAUCACUUAAUUUUUCCGGGAAGGCAUCACUUCAUUCCAAAGGGGUUGAUUUCCUGUCUGGAUCAUCAUUUAGAAUUUCAUUAGAUGAAUUGGAAUUCAUUGAAGAAUUGGGUCGUGGUAAUUACGGAACUGUUCUGAAAGUGUUACAUAAACCAACUGGAGUCUUGAUGGCUAUGAAAGAAGUUCGUUUAGAACUUGAUGAAACAAAAUUCACUCAAAUUUUAAUGGAAUUGGAAAUUUUACACAAAUGUGAUUCUCCAUUCAUUGUAGAUUUCUAUGGAGCCUUCUUUGUUGAAGGGGCUGUGUAUAUGUGCAUGGAAUAUAUGGAUGGAGGUUCCUUAGAUAAAAUUUGUGUUGGAGAAGGAGUCAAAUCUGAGGCUGCAUUGGCAUAUAUCACCGAAAGUGUCAUUCGAGGCUUAAAGGAAUUGAAAGAUGAACAUAAUAUUAUUCAUAGAGAUGUUAAACCAACAAACAUUUUAGUUAAUACUUUAGGGAAAGUAAAACUUUGUGAUUUUGGGGUAAGUGGGAAUUUGGUAGCUUCAUUAGCAAGAACAAAUAUUGGAUGUCAAUCAUACAUGGCACCUGAAAGAAUAAGAUCGUUGCUGCCGGAUGAUGCAACAUAUUCUGUUCAAUCAGAUAUUUGGUCAUUGGGGUUGACCAUCUUAGAAAUAGCAGCAGGUCAAUAUCCUUAUCCUGCAGAAACUUAUGAUAAUAUCUUUCUGCAAUUAAGUGCCAUAGUUGAUGGAGAACCUCCUAAAUUGGAUUCUAAAACAUUUCUGAAAGAUGCUCAAAUGUUUGUUAAAUUAUGUUUGAAUAAGAAUCCAGACUUAAGACCAAGUUAUGCUACUUUACUUAAUAAUCCAUGGCUUGUAACAUACCGAGAAGUUAAUCCUCAAAUGGAUGUGAUUGUCACCCAAAGAGUUAAGGAAUUAGAUGAGGAAAGAUCUAAAAAGGUUAAUUCAGGACUGGUUAGUAGAUCCAAUUCAGUGAGUAGAUCUGCAGCUAAUGCGGGACCAAUUCCUCAAGGUCCAGGUAUGAAGCCUCCAACUCAUGAAAAUGUUAGAUCAUUACUCAAAAAUAAAGUCAGGGCAUCCCCUGCACUUCACCGUGGAGGACUUCCCAACUCCGAAAGAGGUAGGUGAGAAAUCAUUCAUUAACAUCAUCAACCCAAAGUGUAUUAUAGAAUUUGAUAUAGAGAGAAAGAAAUGUAUGAGG